AUUAUCCAAGCUGACAUUGUUUUCAUGUUUCAGAGCUCUGUAGUUUAACUAAUCUGAUCAGCUGCUGAGCGGCCGGGUCGUGGGAACAGAGCUGACUGAUCCUCUUAGGCAGGAUUCAUCCUGCAGAGAACCUGAUCUCAGAUCAGCUGAAAUAACCAGAUUCUGAAACAUUUUCCUACAGCAGCCGCCUGCCUGAAAAUAACUUGUGUGUUUGAUCUUCUUGUAGAUCCUCAUGGUGUUGCAGUCGACUCAGAGCGGCCGGCAGCGCAGCGGAGUCGAUUCUCCCAGCCGAUCCCCUCAGGCCUCAGACUGCAGCAGCCGUCGCUCCUCCGUCUCCAGCACCUCCUCUCUGGGCUCCGAGGCCAAACCAGAGGAAGAACGGGUCCGACACAGAGAGGUGGAGAAGCUGCUGCGUGCCGUGGCAGACGGGGACGUGGAGAUGGUGCGUUACCUGUUGGAGUGGAUAGAAGACGAAGAGGAGGAUGAAGGAGAGCUUCGGUCCGAGGCUCAGCUCUGCCACCCGCUGUGUCAGUGUCCGAACUGCGCUCCCACUCAGAAGCUGUCUGUCCUGCAGGCCGGAGCGCUCGGCGUUAACAGCUGUAACGCUGAGGGUUUCACGCCGCUCCACGUCGCCGCCCUGCACGGCCACUCCGCGCUGGCCGCCCUGCUCAUCCGCCACGGAGCCAACGUCAACGCCCGCACCAACAUGAGCGCCACUCCGCUUCACCUGGCCAGCCAGAACAGCCACAUCCAGGUAGGAGGGAAGCUACAAAUACUCUUCCUGAGAGCGGGGCGCUUUGUCAGUUAAUAAUAAUCAUUUUUUACUUAACCAGGUCUGUCACCGAGCCGAGGCCGACUCAUACAGAGCAACACUCUUUUAAAUGUAGGUCUAAUUUCAGUUUGUGGUAACGCAUCUGUCCUCUCUGACUCACAAUAAACAGACAGCAGCUUACUCUGUAAUGAGCAGCACAUUGAGAUUCUCUGGACAGGUGCGGUGCGACAUAACUUUAAUUUACAUGGUAAAGGUGAAACAUUCAGUUUGUGGCUAGUGUACAUGCUGCAGGCACACUGAUUGUUCCAUUUGAGGGCCCUUCAUAAGCUUAACAGCUUUAAUUCAGACACUCUCACAUAGAAAUGCAGGAAGGUAAAGUAGAACAUAGGAGUAAUUGUGGAAACGGUUACUUUUGUCACGACGUUAUUCAGCCGUCUGUUGAUUUUGAUUGACAGGCUGUUGUAGGAGAGGAUAUGGAGAAAUGUUCUAUUGCAAUAUUAAGAUGUAUUGUGACAUACGUUUUCUAAUUGAUGCAAAAGUAAUAUAAUGAGAAAAUAUUGUCAUGAAGAAAAAAGUGCACACAGUGAUGUUAUACAGCCACAGAUAAUAAAGAGAAGGCUACCUCAGCGUUCAGCAGUCUCACAGUAUUUAUCAUCAUGUUGUGUCACUUUGGAGUGUAUCCAGUAGAUCCCAGGGUCAAUUACUUGUUACUUUCUGUACAUUAUAAUGGGAUUAUCAUUGCUCAACUAAUAAGGUUUUAAUAUGAAAUCUUACUGAAACCUGGAAUGGAUGCAGAAUCAUCCUCGGGGCUUUCUAAGGCAGAGGUUUGCUGGUGCUGUGUUACACUGCGUUGAGCCGUGUUACUGAUACUGAUGUGUUCUGUUGAAGGAGGUCAUCCUGAUAUCUCUCACCUAGAAAAUGUCUCUUUCAUGCUUUAGGACAGGUUGCCUGGCACCACCUUGUGGCAGAAAUACAGCAGUACAGAAAGGAAGAUGAAUCUGUGGAUAUUCUGUGUUUGUGUGUGUGUGUGUGUGUGCGUGUGUGUGUGUGCGUGUGUGUGUGUGCGUGUGUGUGUGUGUGUGCGUGCGUGGUGUUUAGGUGAGGUUGCUGCUUGAGUGUAACGCCAAGCUGAACAAGAAGGAUCACUAUGGCAACACACCUCUAAUACAAGCCUGUCUCUGUAGAAACCUGGAGACGGUCACCAUCCUGUUACAGAGUAAUGCGCUGGUGAAUGUGGUGAACCUUCAGGGGAACACGGCCCUCCACGAGGCGGCGCGCGGCGGACACCAGGCGCUGGUGGAGCUGCUGCUGAGGGGCGGAGCCUCGGCCGGCAUCAGGAACAAGAGGCAGAGGACGCCGCUGGACUGCGCCUACGAACUGGGCGGCAAGAACACGGAGAUCCUGAGAGCUCUGCAGAAAGCGUCUGGACUUUCUCCCGAUGCUGAACCAAUCAAACUCCUCUCUGUGCCCAAAGGAGCUCUGGCUCAUUCGUUCGUCCAGCGCUUGAGGCUGCAGGAUCACGCAAACGGCAGGAGGCAGAAGUUGUCCCAGACCAGGUCAGC